AGGAAAAUAUUUGUGAAAAAACAACAAUUUGGCUGUUUAUUGCGGAACUGGAGCUAUUAUUGCAACGAAAAGAGCUAUUUUUUGGAAGAGAGCUUAGAAAAUUUUCAAUAUAAAAAAGCAUGGAUGAUGACGGUGAAAUAACCCCACUUUUUGUAAAAGUUAGUUUACCGCCUGGACUGGAACAAUGCCUGGAGGAUUUCACUUUGGAAGUUUUGAAGAAAAAACCAGUAAACUUGAAAAUUUUUGCCCAGCAACACUUUGACAAAAGAGUUCAAGACACUGGAGGCUGUCCUUGCACCAACACCAGGGACAAACACACAGCCUCAAAGCACAAACGCCCCAAAUACAGGGCAUCCAGGAGCAUUGAAGACACUGAUUUACAAUCCAGUGGUCAACAAGAUGGCAUUGGGAAAAUUGCUGGGGUUGCCAAAAUGCCAAGACCCUCUUACGGAGUCUACGGACGCCGGCAAAUUCAGCGUGAAACCAAGCCACUAGGUAUAGUUGACAUUGGCAGCAGUUUGCCAGAGUCUUCUGCAGAAGAUGUCAUCAGCAAAACCAUCAAGGAAGGCAAGAACAAGACAAAGCGGUAUAAAUUGGGGAAGAAAAAGAGUGAUAGUCUUGGAUCUACUAUGGCCUUUGGGGUAGCUGGUGCAGCAGGUGCUGCAGGGGUUGCAGGAGGAGUGGGUUACAUUGUUGGGCAAGGGUUUGGUGAGAAUGAGGCCCCUGCUGCAGAAGAAACUGAAGGAGAAGCUGAUAAGAUCAUAGCUCUGGAUGAGGAUGACAAUAAAGCAGAUGAUGCUGAAACUGAAGACCAGCAGACAGGUGCACACCAGGGUUGUCUUGGAUCUACUAUGGCCUUUGGGGUAGCUGGUGCAGCAGGUGCUGCAGGGGUUGCAGGAGGAGUGGGUUACAUUGUUGGGCAAGGGUUUGGUGAGAAUGAGGCCCCUGCUGCAGAAGAAACUGAAGGAGAAGCUGAUAAGAUCAUAGCUCUGGAUGAGGAUGACAAUAAAGCAGAUGAUGCUGAAACUGAAGACCAGCAGACAGGCAAUGAUGCUGAGGCAGCAGAGACUGGAGAAGAAGCAGCAGAAGAAGAACCCACAGAAGAAACUGAAGACCAGUUUGCUCAAGAAGAAGAAAGUGCUCCUGUAGCAGAAGAAAAUGAUGAAGAAGCUGCCCAAUUAGAGUCAACAGAAAAUGAUGCUCUGAUGGAAGAUUCUGAACCAGAAGAAGUAGCAGCUGAAGAACCACUCAAUAAUGAAGAAGAUACCCCAGCUGAUGAAAAUGAAGCAGCAGUUGAAGAAGAUGCCCCAGCUGAAGAAGAACCUGCCCCAGACAAUGAACCAGCCUCUGAAGAUGUACCAGAUGAAGAAGAGGCAGCAGCUGAAGAACCCCCAGCAGAAGUUGACCUAGAAGCUGAAGAGACACUUGAAGAGGAGCCACCAGCUGAAGAGCCACAGGAUUUAGUUGAAGCAGAACCAGAGGCUGAAGAUAUUGCUCAAGAAGAUGACACUGAAGCUGCAGCAGAACCAGAUGAAGAGGAACAAGCACCUGAAGAAGAAAGCGUACCAGAGGAGGAGCCAACACCAGAAGAGGAACCAGCGCUAGUUGAUGAAGAACCACCAGCUGAAGAAGAGGCAAGCCCAGCUGAAGAAGCACCUGAAGAGGAUGCAGCUGUUGAUGAAAUGCCAGCUGAAGCAGCACCUGAUGAGGAACCAUCAGCUGAGGAAGAACCACAAGCAUUAUCAAUAGAGGAUGCAGAAGCUGCACCAGAGAAUGAAGCUGCU